AUGGGUCUCUACAAGUUCCUUCUGGCCAUCUUGCCGGUCGUGUUGGCCGCGGACAUCUAUGUCUCGCCCACCGGCUCCGACUCCGCGGCCGGCACCCUCGCGGCGCCCCUGAGGUCGAUCCAGAGCGCCGUCGACAAGGCCGUCGCUGGUGACACCAUCUACCUCCGCGGCGGCACAUACUCGCCCACGACCAACAUCAAGAUCGCCAAGAGCGGUACAUCCGCCAAGCCUUACACCAUGACGGCGUACAACGACGAGGCCGUGAUCCUUGACGGCGAGGCCCUUCCCGGCACACCCGCUGCGCUGGACGCCUCCCUCGCCAACGCUGACCGCGGCGUGCUGCACAUCGAGAAGGCCAACUACUGGAAGUUCUACAAGUUGACCAUCAUCAACGGCCCGUACGGCGUGUACCUCCGCGACGGCUCCAACAACUACUUUGAGCGCAUCGUCACUCACGACAACUACGAGACCGGCUUCCAGAUGCAGGGCUCCCUCAGCAACAACCAGGUUGUCUACCUCGACUCCUACCGCAACCGCGACCCCCGCAAGAACGGCGAGAGCGCCGACGGCUUCGCCUGCAAGGAGGGCUCCGGUACGGGCAACAUCCUCAAGGGUGCUCGUCUCUGGGAGAACGUCGACGACGGUCUCGAUCUCUGGGAAUUCAAGUCCCCCGUCACGAUCAUGGACACCCUCUCCUGGGGCAACGGCGUCAACCGCUGGGGCUUCACCGACUUCCAGGGCGACGGCAACGGCUUCAAGCUGGGCGGCGGCGACGCGGCGGAUAUUGGCUCCGCGGACCACGUCAUCACCAACUGCAUCGCCUUCCAGAACGCGGCCAAGGGCUUCACGGACAACAAGAACCCAGGCAACUUCCAGUUCUCGCGCAACACGGCGUGGAACAAUGGCGAGGUCGGCUUCCAGACCAUCACGACCAAGUCGACGCUCAAGAGCAACAUCGCGAGCGGCAACUCCAAGACGACGGCCAAGAGCGGGCAGACGUCGCUCGUCAGCGGGACGACCAGCAGCGGCAACUCUUGGGACGGCAGCGCGACGUGGUCCGACGCCAGCUUCAAGAGCGUCGACGUCAGCCUCGUCAAGGGCGCGCGCCAGGCGAACGGCAAGAUCGCCGCGAGCAACUUCUUGAUUCCCACCUCCGGCGCUGCUAUCGGUGCUACCACCACCUGGUCUUAG